AUGCUCGAAUCUGGCACUAUUGAAACUGUACAGGCUUUCUUGCUCAUGAGCAACUAUUUGCAGAAGAGGGACCGAACCAACACGGGGUACAACUUCAGCGGCCUGGCAUACAGAAUGGCUCUGGGUCUUGGCUUACAUCGGGAACCACCAGGGUCGGAGGAUACCUUGGGGCAUGAGCGACGUCGGCAGCUCUUCUGGACUAUCUACUGCUUUGAGAGCGGUUUCAACAUCACGACCGGAAGGCCACCAGCCAUGUCCGAAGAGUUUGUGGAUACUCGAGUUCCUCGGAACAUUGAUGACAAGGAGUUGCCAUUGAAGGCACCUGUUCCUCCGGCAGCCGAAUACCCGACGACGUACUCGACAAUCAUUGCACAUGCAGAACUCGCAAAGAUAGCCGAUGCUGUUUAUCACGAAUUUCUGCUGGCGAAGACUGCGGGCACCAAAAUCGAGUACCGCGUUGCUGAGACUUUGGAGCGAGAACUUAACCGCUGGCAGCAAGCUCUUCCCGACUAUUUCGUCGCAACCGAAUGCCCUCUGUGGUUCCGAGCACCGAGGGCGGUCGUUCUCUGGAAAAAGCAGAACCUCCGUAUUCUCCUUUGGCGCGGAAGCCAACUACAACACAGCUACCUGCCAACCAGAGUCAACGCGGAAGAGAAAUGUCACGGUGUCGCUAUGCAGAGCAUCCACGACAUCGCAGUAUUUUGCAUGGCAUUCGAGGGCUCCCUGCACCAGGGAAUCAUCUGGUACGCAACGUACUUCCUGUUCCAAGCAACUCUUGUCCUUGAAGCGAACUACCUCACGAAAGCCGCCCAGUCGGAACAAGAUAGAGUUGCGUGGCAGCACUCAGUCUCCAAAUCUCGCGCCUGUCUGAAAACGCUAGCGCAGAAAAGCAGAUCAGCCAAAAGAUGUUUGGAGAUGCUCGAGCGCAUCCAUAGCCAAUUUCGGAACCUUCCACAGCUGGAUCUAGAACAAGAUCAAGCCUACCUUCAGGUUACGGCGCCCCAGCCAGAGAUUUUAACAGCCGUACCGCUAAGUAACUUGGUAUCGCCGAGGCAGAACUUUAUCGAUCUACCAAGCGAAAACGACUUUGCCUUCCACGGCGAAAGUCAUCCCGACUUUGGCGACGACACUGCCGACCCAAGCUUGCGAAUGUUACUCAACGAGGCCUCGUUGGACUUCAUGGAAAAUAUGCCACUUGAUCUGUUACUUGGUACCUGGACUACGUAG